CUUUAUAUAUAUCUAUGGUUUUCUGGGUGUGUCAGCUGAGCAUGACAAUAAAGAACCUGCCUCUUCUCACUGAGAGACUCCCGAAGGAAACUGUCUGAAUACACAAUGGCAUCAUCAGCUGAUCUGUCCAAGGCCAACACCAGCUUCUGUCUGGAUCUGUUCAAGAAGCUGAGUGACAACGACAAGGCAGCAAAUGUCUUUUACUCUCCAUUUAGCAUCUCCUCAGCCCUGGCUAUGGUGAUGCUGGGGGCCAGAGGCAACACACACACACAGAUGUCAGAGGUCCUCAGCUUCACUGAGGCAGAGAAGCCGCAGCCUGCAGGAGCACAGCAGAUGCAGAUGCAGCAGCAGGUCCAGUCCACACUGCCAAUGCAUCUGCUGAAGAGCCUGAAGACCAAGCACUGUCAGGACAACGUCCACGCUGACUUCAGUAAACUGCUGAAUGCACUCAACAAGGCAGAUGCUCCGUACUCCCUCAGUGUUGCCAACAGACUGUACGGGGAGCAGUCCUACCAGUUUGUCGAGGAUUUUUUGGGAGAAACCAGGAAGCACUACAAUGCAGAGCUGGAGUCUGUGGACUUCCAAACCAGCCAUGAAGCAGCAAGACUUAACAUCAACACGUGGGUGGAGAAGCAGACUCAAGGUAAAAUUCAGGAUGUGCUGGCCCAGGGUGUGGUGGACAACAUGACCAGGCUGGUGCUGGUGAAUGCCAUCUACUUCAAAGGCAACUGGAACAAGCAGUUUAAGGAGAGUGACACAAAAGAUGCUCAGUUCAGAAUCAACAAGAAUGAGACGAAGCCAGUGAAGAUGAUGCAUCAGAAAACCAAGUUCCCUUUGACCUUCAUCUCUGAGGUCAACUGUCAGGUCUUGGAGAUUCCUUACAAAGGGGAGGAGCUCAGCAUGCUCAUCUUUCUCCCCAUGGAUAUAGAUGACAGUUCAACUGGUCUGGAGAAGCUGGAGAAGGAGCUGACCUAUGAGAACUUUGUUGAGUGGACUCGUCCAGACAUGAUGGAUAAAGGAGAGGUUCAAUUGGGCCUGCCUCGGUUCAAAAUGGAGGAGAAGUAUGACAUGAAGGAUGUCCUGAUCAGCAUGGGCAUGGUGGAUGCCUUUGAUUCGGGCAUGUGUGACUUCUCAGGCAUGUCUCCUUCCAAUGACCUGGUGCUGUCAAAGGUCGUCCACAAGGCUUUUGUUGAGGUCAAUGAGGUGGGAACCGAGGCUGCUGCUGCCACUGCUGCCAUCAUGAUGCUGCGCUGUCUUCCAAUGCCUCCAGCCAGAUUCAUUGCAGACCAUCCCUUCGUCUUCUUUAUCCGACAUAACCCCACAAUGAGCGUUCUGUUUGCCGGACGCUUCUGCUCCCCUCAGUGAGAAAUACAUUGUUGAGCGUUUGAGAAAACGUGGCUCUAGGGUUGGAUCAUAUCCCAAGUUCCCGUCCUAUAUUUCCAGCAUCAGGAUGAUGAGGAGAAACUGCUAUGUUUUUUUACUGUGGCUCUCGUCUGCCUCACUUCUCACACGAGUCAUCGUGUUUAUUCUGAACACAAGCUCUCUGCUCUGCUUUUACAUUGCAACCAAUCUGUUAUUGUUCAGAGUUUGGGCACUUUAUCCCUUUAAUACGCAUUUGGCCCUCUUUGCUGCAGCAUCUAUAACAUUACAGUCUAAUUUGUUAUCCUGUACCUUAGACUCUUUGGAAGAAAUUGCCUUGAUCACAUUUGUUAUGCCUUUCUAAGCUGGCAGCACAGAGGUAAACUGUACCUGUAUACCAGGUGAACAUAUGAUGGUCUCUAUAUAACAUGCACUACAAAUAUUUUAUAUAUUGAGCAAACCAAAGAGAAGUAUAUUUGCAGAGAAUGUGUGCUUGGUGUGGAAUGUUCAUAAAAAAAUAUUUAGAUGCAGUUUUGACCAAUUAUGCAUCUGUAUCUUGAUUCUUUUACACAUGGAAUAAAAGUGUAUGAUCCUCAAA